UCUCUUUACAACACAUAUUGUUGUGCUGUGAAUUCAAAGAAAGAUCUUAUAAUGGGUUCCAAUGGGAAGCUGGAAGUGGAGAUGGAGUUGAAGUCCAGUGCAGAUAAGUUCUGGGAAAGCAUAAGAGACUCCACCAACCUGUUCCCCAAGAUUUUCCCCACCCAUUACAAGAGCAUUGAAGUCCUCGAGGGAGAUGGCAAGUCUGUUGGCUCCAUCAGGCUCUUGACUUACGCCCAAGGUAUACCAGGGGUGAAGUUUGCGAAGGAGAAGAUCGAUGCAGUGGAUGAGGCAGGGAAGGAAGUGGAAUACAGUGUGAUUGAUGGAGAUGUUGCGCAUUUCUACAAACAUUUCAAGGCCAAGCUGGUAGUUAUCCCCAAGGGUGAAGGGAGCUCAGUGAAAUGGUCAUGUGAGUUCGAGAAAGCAAGUGGUGAUGUUCCUGAUCCACACCUCGUCAAAGACUUUGCUGUCCACAACUUCCGAGCAUUGGAUGACUACCUUCUCAAGGCCUAGCUAGGCCCGCCCUUAAUU